CCUGCAUUUCUAGAACAGACGUUGGUGUCACAUUUAAGGCCUUUGUUUUUGUUGUGCACUCAGCUCAUAACCUGUCUCCAGUGUGCAGCUCUCGUUUGUGUUUAACAAAAGUGUGAAUCGAUUACGCCGUAUUGGAUUUCUCAUCUGGAAGUGUGUGCGCUCUGUCUUGAAUUUCUCAUUGUGCCUCGCAGUUACUCAACAGGUCUGAGUUGUUUUGGUAGAAGCGAUUGCGCAAUCAGGCGCUGGAGCUGCGCUGCUGAGCCUCACAUAAGCAGAAGUGUCGUUAUGAAACUGUUCACUGCGUGCUGGCUGUGACGCACAGUUUGCAGUUUAACUCCUGAACAAAAUAGCUGUUCUGCAGAAUAAAGCACACAUCUGUGGCAGCAGAAGUUCACGUUUUGCACAAACAGACCGGUUUGGCACCGAUUUCUAUCGUCGGGAUUGUUCACAGGAUAUGAUGCAUGGUUUUGGACAAAGCUCUGUUUUCAUGUGCAAACGAGCAAAUGACUUGUUGUAACACUGAGUGAGCACAUGUCCUGAAGGUUUGCAAUCUGCCACUGAGUCUAUGUGCAGUUCUUUAUGUAUAAGAAGAACAUCAUUUUUUGGUGUGCAACAUCUCAGUAGCACAAAACAGCCUGCAAACUAUUCACAGCUGCCAGUGUGAGGUGUUUUCAUUGAAACAUGCUGAACAUACAUUUGUGUUCAUGUCCUUGAACCUUCAGCAAGCACUGAACUGAAGUACUUCACAUUCAUCUGGGAUGCACGUGCUGUGCAAUUUUAUUUUUGCAGAUUUUAAACAGCCAGAGGUGCACAGCGAGGGCACAGAGAGAGGGAUUAAGCUCUGAGAGUGUGUGUGUGUCUGCAAGAGGAACUGGCAAUUCCAGCAGAUGGUGAGCUGCACACCUCAGUGUCAGAGUCCCCGUCUUGAUGCUCACGGAUUCCUGAGAGACACGAGGCUCUGUAGUGACACACUUACAUGCUGCGUGGAUCUCCUGUGAACAAACGAAGGGAGGAAGCAUGAAGCAUAACACCGUCUUACACCGUUAAAUCUAUUAUUUAAACAUAUUGAAGAUGGGAACAGUUUUUUGAUUACUGGGAGAAACUUCUCAAAAGUUGUCCGCACAGAAAAACAAACAGGAUUUGCAUGCGCUCCCAGUAUCAGCACUAAUUAAAGUACUUAUUAGGUCGUGCACAGGCCUGACUGGGUUACUGGCGCUCUGCAGGAUGCAGGAGUAGCAGAAACAGCAGCUGUUUACCUCGUGUGCAAGUGUGUAUGGAGACGUGCUUGAGAGUGGAAAAUAUUCGGGGGUUCUCCGUGUUAUUGAAAGCGACUCUGUGUUUGUUUGGGACCAGUAGCGCUUUCAGAUCUGGCGAGCAGAUCAGCAUGCGUGACGCUGCGGUCAAGCGCCGUCUCUUGUCUCAGCAGGACGUCUUCCAGGUGAAUGAGAUGGCAAAGCGUGGGGCUGAAGGUGAACUAGUUCAGAGGCGACUGGGUGUAAAGGAGCAGCAGAAUGGGGAGCUGGGAGAAGCCUCGGGGCUCCCUGCGGAUGGCGGGAGACAGACGGACUCGGAGGAGCGCGAAGCCCUCGUGUUAUGGAAGAAACCUCUGCUCACGCUUCACUACUUCACUCUGGAACUGCUGAUCACCCUUAAAGGCUGGACGUGGAGGCUCUGGCAGCAGAGACAGACUGUGUUUGGCCUGCUGAUCCUGCUGAUCCUCCUCUCCAUUGCCUAUCGUAUUGAAGGAGCACACACCCAGUAUGUGUGCUACAUGGAGAAGAAGACGCUGUGGUGCGCCUACUGGGUCGGUCUGGGCAUCCUCUCCUCUGUGGGUCUUGGCACUGGCUUGCACACUUUCCUCCUUUAUCUGGUAAGACGGCAUUUUGUUCACAUGAUGAGUAUAAACAUGAAUGAAACGUGUGAACAGGGUGUGGGCACAGCCAUCGGAGAGCUGCCUCCGUACUUCAUGGCGCGAGCGGCUCGGCUGUCCGGCGCUGAACCCGAUGAUGAGGAUUACCAGGAGUUUGAGGAAAUGCUGGACCAGGCAGAGGCCACGCAGGUGACACGCUACUCAUCAUCUUCAUCAUCUUCAUCAUUCUCUGUAAUCAUCCUUCCCCUCUCCUACCACCUUCUUUCCUGCAUCGCACAUCUUUUCAGUAUAAAACGUCUUUUUCCUGUCGUUUCCUCGCCGCUCGUUUGCCUUCAUCACAUUUUUUUUUUGCUUUAUACCAAAAGUUUUCCUGCUAUUACUGACCUCACGCUUCAACGACUAACGUGUUCUUCCUCCGUGUGCUUCUUUGUCACACAGAAACUGUUUGUGAUCAUCACCUUCAGUAAGCACAUAGUGGAGCAGAUGGUCUCCCUGAUCGGAGCUGUUCCACUGCUGGGUGCGGCACUGCAGAAGCCCUUCAGGGAGUACUUGGAGGCCCAGAAGGCCAAGCUGCACCAUCUCAGCGGAGAGGGGAUCCCAGCUGAGGAGAGCUGGCUGUCCUGGCUCUUUGAGAAGCUUGUGGUCAUCAUGGUAUGCUUCUUUGUCUGCUCCAUUGUCAACUCCAUGGCUCAGAGCUACGCCAAGCGCAAACGGCAGGAGAAGCAUUCGGAGAGCAAGGCGGAGUGAAGGCCGGCUCGAAUCGGUCCAUCACCUCCAGGCUGCUUCCUUUCCUCCUAUCUGCUCUUCCUCCCGGCUCAUCCCCCGCUGUGCAUUUAGGGAAACAUGAGCCCCAUCUGGUUUCUCUCUCGUGGUAUUAGCGACUUGGACUCUAUCUGCUUGUUUUGCAUUUGGUAGUGAUUUCUGUGAUAGUUGUGUGUAAGGUAGGUGCUGGGCUGCAUGUGAGUGCGUGGAAAUUGCAUUAAUGUUGGUGCUUUUAGGAGCUCCACGUGAUAAUUCUCCACAGUAGGCCUUAAGCUGCACUGUUUAUUCCACUGGUGUUUAUUCCACUGGAUUUGUGUAAUCUGAAGAAGCAUCGUUGGAGUCGUAUCUGAUAAAACCAGCACAGAGUUUGUUGUUUUUUGAUUUGGUUAAGAAACAAAGACUUAUUGUGUAUCUCGUAGGAAGCCUGUAUUUAUGCUGGACUGGAGCUCGCUGUCACUCCUCUUAUUUCUAAAUAUUGUUGAGCUCCACGUUAAUUGUAGUAGAGAUGUUAAUAGAUGGUUCCAGUUGUAACUGGUGCUUUAGACAACUGCUUCUUUUGUGUGUACAGUAAAGCGCUCUGUAGUACUUUUGGAGAGAAAUGAUAAAUCAGCCAUGAAUCACCCGCUGGUCCCUUUGUCUGCCCUUAUUGUUCUGCUUCCAGGAAGAGAGCGCAUGACUCAGCCCGGGGCUACUUUACCAGAUGCAGCCGUAUAUUGAAUCAGAUCUACAACUGUGCGCGUGCCUGUGUGCGAGAGCAAGACGGAGAUAGUAGGUCGUGUCGGCACGGCCGCCACAUUUGUUGCUCUCCUUUUUUGUUUUUGUCUUUUAUGGAUUAAAGCAGACGGCGCUCACUCAGCCUGCGAGUCGGAGCGAUAGCCGCCGAUCCCUCACACUUAGAGACGAUCUCUGUUAUGAUGUCAGAUGUUCUUCUUUGUCUUCUUUUUUUUAAAGCCCUCUUCUCCCGCACGAGGACGCCAGGCUCGUGUUUGAUAUUACGCGAGCGGCUCUUAAAGCAAAAGCGCUUUCUUUUUUUUUUUUGCUGCCUGGAUAACGACAGUUGGCUCUCGGCGUCCGCGCUAUCUUCCUUUUUUCAGUAAUUGCCAGUGAAAUGUGCUAUUUCUUCUCUGUGCCGCUGUCGUGCUACGCUGGACUGAGCGCAGCGGGUGCUAGAGCAGCGGGGGGAAAAAAACCCUCAAGUGCACAGUGAACAGCGUCUGUGCCGUUACCUCAGCUGAACCCUCGAAUGAACUCGCUGCACUGCCCGAGUCACGGAGCCAGGAGACGAAUCACUCGAGUAGAUUCGAAACAGAGGGGCACUGUUGAGCUGAAGCCUGCGCUCUGCACCGGCUCCAGCAGAACAUUCACGUCUCCUCCUCUCUCCUGUCGUGGUAAGUAGGAUUAGGGCUCUUUCUCUUUUCCUUUUUUCUCUCCCCCCCUUUCAUUGUUGUCGUUCUGUACAAGCAUUCGUCUCAGGCAUGUCCGUCACACUCUCGGCCUGUCAGAUAGCUUAUCAGACUGGUGUUGGCUGUUAAGAUUGCAAGGCGACAACAGUCUGUAGGCUGUCUGACAUUUCGGGCUCUUUCAUCUGACCAGCAUCCUGUUUUGUCCUCCUUCUGUUAUUGUCAUUGUUUCAGUUAGCAUCAGUUCCCAUUUAGAGGUGUGUGCCACGAUGUCACUUCCCUUUAUCCCAACCGCUUGUGAAACGCCGGCGAUACGGGUCUGUUAUUUAUUUCCUCCGCGCUGACGUCUGUGAGGGUUUUUCUGUGAGGAACUGUGAAUUCACAUGUUUGCAAAUGCACACGUAAUGAUGUCAGCGAUGUACUUCUACGUGCACGUCUGCGUCCGUGUGAGAGUUGGCUCUUUCCUCCUGAAUUUCCAGAGAAUCCAGACAGCGCACACCUUAUUGCAACACAUCAUGUUGUGACACUCUGUGUCGGUACGGUACAUGCAGUGCUUCCCCAGCUCUCCUUCCCUUUCACACUUCCCUGUUCUGCUUUACUGAGAACUUUCUUCUCUUGCUCAAUAUGUACUUUUGCUGCAUUUUAUUGGAGCAGCUCUUCGAGGGGGUGUUUUUUUUGUUUUGUUUUUUCCAACAGCCACACAUCGGUAAUUACACAAAGCUGAAAAUCAUUGCUUGACCAGCGAAUGCUUGUGCUGCACAGACACGUUUUAUUUUAGGUCUUUUUCGAGAAUAGAGCAAAAGCUGCAAACGUCCCGCUGAAGCAGACUCACGCUGGAAUGGCUCGCUGGCUUAAAAAGUGCUUUUCUUGGCACAUUCGGCACGUCCUGUUCCAUGAGGGAGCCCCCGUUUGGCAAAUACAGUGUGUGUCUGUGUGUGCGCAUGUUUGUCUACAAAUUCUGUUUAUAUUUUACGUGUAAGUGUAUUUGUUGUUUAAUAUGUCUGUACCUGUGCUAUUUUUAAAGGUGUACACACUGUUUUUUUUUAUUCUACUUCUUCUAAAUAAAGUCUAUUAAAAGGAG